CCCUUUGGUGACACAUGCACAGCAGUUGUUGCCAUGUAAGGGUCUGGGCUCCCACCCUAGGUUACUAUUAUAGGAGAGCAGGAGAUAACAAAAGCUGCAUAUAAAACCUACCUUAACCUCACACAUCUGCCGGGAGUCCACACAGCAGACAUGGCCAGCAAAAAAGCCUCCAAUAAGAGACAGAGGGCAGCACAGAAGUCUUGCUCCAAUGUCUUCUCCAUGUUUGAGCAGUCCCAGAUCCAAGAAUUCAAGGAGGCUUUUGGCUGCAUUGACCAGGACAGAGAUGGGGUCAUCAAGAAACAGGACCUGAAGGAGACCUAUGCACAACUAGGAAAGCUGAAUGUGAAAGACGAGGAGCUAGAUGAGAUGCUGAAUGAGGGCAAAGGUCCCAUCAACUUCACCGUUUUCUUGUCGCUCUUUGGGGAGAAACUCAACGGGACCGACCCAGAAGACACUAUCCUUGCUGCCUUUAAGCUCUUUGACCCCAAUGGUACAGGCUUUGUCAACAAGGAGGAAUUUAGGCGACUGUUGAUGAACCAGGCAGAUAAAUUCACAGCAGAUGAGGUGGAUCAGGCAUUUGCUCUGGCUCCUAUCGACCCUACCGGGAAUAUUGACUACAAGUCUCUCUGCUACAUCAUCACACAUGGAGACGAGAAGGAGGAGUCCUAAACAUUGCUGUCAUCAUCAUCUUCUACAUGUUUCAAUGCAUUCAUUAUAUCUGGGAUAAAUACGAUUUCUAGUAA